CUUUUCUCCGGCCGGCAGUUUUGGUUGCCAAGUCAACAUUUUCAAUUUGUUUAUGAAAACUUUCCUUCCACUCAGUUGUUACUUUAUUUUCGAUUUCAAGGAACUUUAAUAUAUAAAUAUCCCUAGCUGAAUUUACUAGAAUAUUUAAAUAGAAUGUCGUAUUUAAAACGUCGUGAGAAGCUGAAUAAGGACACCCGCUGGGAUCGCAUUCGCAAGCGGCAUCAACAGGCCAAUCCUCUGGGCCUGAAAACGGAUGCAGUUCGACGUUUUAUUGAGGUGGAUUAUGUGGGAAAGCGACAGGAGCGCCUAUUGGUCGAAGGCGAUGAGCCCAAGCAGCUGAACCCAAGUGUGAUUAUGGAUAUGCGGCAUAAGAUGUUUCAGAAAAUACCACACAAACUGCCCCUGGCCACAAUGGCCCAUGGCAGCACUUUGGAAGCCACUAAGGCACACAACCUGGAGGUGGAGCAGCGCUUUGUUGACAACCAGCUGGAGAAGUUUCGCCAGCAACUGGCCAGGCAGUUCCAGCGAAGCAAGUCGCACAAGGUGCCUCCCACCAAGCCGGACUUCAAACUGAAUAACAAACCGCUGGUUCAGAGUCUCACCCAAGCGGCCCAACACAUAGACAACUUCUACAACACUCCCGUCCAGGCCUUGGGCCAAAUGACCCAGAUGUGUGCCGAGACCAAGGCAGCGGCCACGAAGAGUCUGAUAAGGCAACUGAGACCGGAGCCGGAAAGGGAGGCAGACAUGGAUCACGAGUGGGCGACGGAGCAGCAGGCUCAGGUAAUGGAACUACCAGCUUUCCGGCAUGAGGAGGCGAUAUCCUUCGACUGCCUCGAGUAUCGCAACUUCGCCAAGCAAGUUCAGGCGGACGAGAGCAAGGCACAGCUCCUGCGCUGUCGCACUCCCAGUCCCUUAACGUCAACCGAGGAGUUCUUCCGACCCAUGCGAGCUGCAGCCGAGCGUCAGAUGCUCCACGUUCGCACUGUUCGCCACGAGGAGGAGCUGCAGCAGGAGAACAAGCAGGAACACCCGCAGGAAGACAAUCCGCCGCCAUUGCAAAGGGAAUCGUCCACUUGCUCCAACACCAGCGACGGCAUAGACUCCGUGAUUUCUGAUUUGGCCGAGGAAGCCCUUUACGAACUCCAGCUGGAGGCAGCCGAGGAGCAGAACGAGCAGCUGGACAAGGAGUUACCCAUUGUCACAAAGCACGUGCAGUUUCAGCUACCUCAGAAAAAGUCGACCACGCCGAGUACCUAUCCCAUCGAAGGGGAGUCAGAUCCGGAGCCAGAACCCGUACCGGAAGCCUUGGUCAUUCGCCGGAUUGAGCUUCCCAAAGUGGUGGUGAAGCCCAAAGAACCAGAGCCCCUGGAGUUAGAGUCCGGCGAUAGCGAAGAUGGAUUGGAUGCGGCGCCCACCCACGAAAAACAGAAGAUCAUUGACCAGUUGUUCCAGGCUAGGGCCAACACCCAGUUGGUGAUGAUGCGCAAGUACUUUCUCAAAUGGAUACACUUCACAACGCUGGAGAAGAUUGAACGGGAGCAGGGCCAGACAUGCCAAUCGCGGGACAAUCGCGCCCACAAGAUCAACGCGUUUUUGGACAAGGUACGGCAGGAGAAAAAGCGCCAGCGAGCUGUCCAAGCCUCGGAUACUGCUGCCGAAACCAACAAGAUCACACAGAAAUGCCUGGAGAAGCGGGAGGAGGCCGUAAAGAUGGCCAAACAGUUCAAAAAUAAACUCAAAGUUCAGCAGGACAUCAUAGACCUGCAGCGGAUCAAGCUCGAGCGCCAAGAACGUCUCAUUAUGCAGUUGAAGCUGAGUAAGCUCAGCGACGAGGCCAAGGAGGCGCGCGAGGAUCUCAAGCAGGAGCUAAAGACGGUCAUCCGCUGCGGGGAUCCCAAGGCUAAGGCCAAGGCCAAGUGCCUGCAGCUGAUAGGCAGUCUGCGGGAUGCGGACGACGAGGAAAUGGCCCGGCUCCAGGGCAAGGCACUGCUGCAACCACGCUUCCUGCAGCACAUGCAGGAGCGAGCCAUGGAGCGGAGUGUGCGCCACGAGCAGGCUCGUCAGAGGCGGGCCCAGGCGGAUGCCGAACGAGAGGCGGCCAAGGUGGCUCUCGAAGAGGCAAAGCGCCAGGAAGAUGAGGAAGCCAAGCGCCUAAGGAUCGAGGUUCUCAAGGAGAAACGUCGCCAAGAGAAGAUGGCCAAGGUUCUAAAGGAGCGCGAACGCCAAAGGUUCAUUGACAACCAGCGCAAGGCUGUAGAGUUCAGCCGCCGCCUGCUGCUCCGCCGCAUCGGCAUGGAGGCUUUCAAGCGCCUGCUGCAGCGCAAGCGCGAGAACCUGGUCAAGAGCGAAGAGUUCCGCCGGCAGAUGUACAAGAAGAACGCUUUCCGGUCGUGGCGUAACUACACGGCGUACAAGCAACGCGAAAAGCUAGUCCGGGCGCAGAUGUUGUGGCAUAGAAUCGUGAAACGUCGCGCCCUCUUCGCCUGGAUGCUGUAUGCGCAGAAUGAGCGGAGCAAGAUGCAAGUGGCCAUAGAUUGGCAUGCUCUCCAUGCCAUGGAGCACUGGUUCGGGAGAUGGCUUAAGUACACAACGCAUUGCCGGAUGCUCGAGGACACUAAGACACGGCAGGCGCUCUCCCAUCACGAUUGGCACCUGAAGUGGAAGGUCUUGGACUGCUGGCGACGCCUGCCGCAGAUCCUAAAGAUCGAAAAGGAAACGGAGGAGCGACGCCAGCGCUGGCGCCUGAAGAUCUGGGAGCUCCUGCCCGACUACAAACCCAGGGAGGAUAGCUUGUGGUAGACUAGGCUAUAGUUUAAUUUUGGUUUUAUUCGUUCCACGUUUUGUUUUGGUUUCAUAAUAUUAGUUUGUAAUAAAUUUUAAAAUGGCUUUUAAGGACCUUAAA